CUUCACCACACCGUCUUCAGGACCCAUCCUUCUCUAUCCACCCUGGCGUUUCCUUGUUUCGAUGGCAUUUAUCUCCCAAGGCAAGAAAAUGAAUUUGUGCAUCAUGUCAAGAAUGAGCUGGAAACAUACCAGCAGAGGAGCAACCGCAAGAGCGUGCUCCUGUUCCCCUGUCUACCCAGUAGACUACGAUACCUGAUUCACAAGACCAUAGAAGACCUGCCGGAGCUCACCACCUUCUCAGUAGGAGAAAGCUGGUGUCGCAGGGUGGUGGUGUGCCAUUCUGAGCUCAGGGCUGAGAUUGAAGAAGACAGUGACUUGGAGAGCAACAACAGCUCGUGUGAAGAGCCUCCAAGAAAUAGGGAGGAGAUGGGCAGCCUUGCUAAGCCUAAAUCUUCAAUCCCAACACGAAGCCGAGGACCCAAAAGGCCGGAUAAACCUCUUUACAUGCCACGAGCUGCUCGGGAGAGAUUGUCCCUGCAAAACUCACAAGGACCCACAGCAUACAGAGAUUCACCAAGUCCAGCCUCUAGCAGCUGUAGCUGCAUUAACAGUUCAUCUGACUCUUGUUCCUGGAGUGAAAGCACAGAAAACACUCAGCCCUCAUCCACAUCCAGACACACAUCACUCCCCAGGGAAGCAGACGGUAGCCUCAACUACACUGCAGACAGUUCAGCUCAUUGUCCUCAGGAAGAGAAACAAAACUUGGUGCUGAGGCCGCAUGAAGCUGAGUCCCCUGUCUGGGACCAGACUCUGUCCUGCUUCACUGAAAUGACUCUGGAGGAGGAUGUGAAAGACAAAGAAAAACUUGCUGAUGUGCCAUACAGCGCCCAGAUAGAAGACAUAAGCACAGACACAGAUGAUGUAACUGAAGAGAUCAAGGCACACCUGAAAGAGGCAGUAUCUUUUUCCAUUGAGCAUGUCAACAAUGACUACUCUAUUUAUGAGAACGUGUUCAUCAACCCGGACGAGUUUCGGCAUGUGAUCGAGAUCUAUGACUUCCCAUCUAUGUUCAAAACCGACGACCUCCUGGAUGCUUUCACAGAAUACAGUGAUGGUGGAAUGAAGAUCAAGUGGGUGGACAACACACACGCCCUGGGGAUUUUUUCCAGCGAGUCAGCAGCACUCCAUGCCCUCUCCAUCUGCCAUCCAAUGCUGAAGGCGCGAGCACUGGCUGAAGGGAGUAAAAAAGCCAAAGGCAAAGCCAUUAGACGUGCAGAGUUCAUCCAGCCAGUGAAGGAACGUCCAAGGACAGACUGUGCUGUCGCCAGGCGUAUGGUGACCAGAGCCCUGGGGCUACAGGGACGAGGCAGGGUGCAGCGAUACUGAACAGAAGAGUUAACACUGUUGGCAUAUACAGAAAGGUCCAGCAGAGAGGCUCCACAGUGGCCACAAACAGCUAACUGAUCAUCAAGAGUGUGACUACCGUCCACCACUGUUUGCCUGCUUCACUGCCCCAUGUCACCAACAUCUGCCCUGCUCAAGUGUCCUUGAGCACGACACUGAGUCACCAACAGCCUCAAAGUUGCUCUGUAGCUCAACCUGACCCCUGCGCUUUGGACGUUACUGUUCCUUUUGUUCAUGGUUAGGAUCACUAAUAAGACUAUAUUACAUCAGUGUUGAAGAAACAAUUACAUAUAAAAGAAUCUGAUGCAAACAGGGAUUUCAGAUAGCUGAAAGCACUGGAGAAAAGUGGAGAAGCUCUUGUACUUGUUCUGAUUUGAUUGCAUGUUUCUUUGAAACUGAAGUGCAUUUCAAGGUUGUUUAAUUUCCAGGCAGGGUGUUUUUUGUUUUGCUCCUUGCCAAGGUGAUCCAGGACUGGUUGCAUAAUUCUGUGUAGGUAGCAAUUCUUUUUUAAUGUAAUGUCGAAUUCCCCCACAGAUUAAUUCUCAGGAUGGUUAAAGAAAACUCUUACAUUGUACGCUGUAGUUACAAACAGAUUUUUGUAUGGAGUGCAAAGCACCCAACAGACAAAUGUAACGUAGAUCCAUGAACAGAAGCAGAUCUGUCAAAAAACACUAAAUAUUGCUUUCAAAAGCCAGCAGUUAUACAGUUAUAAAGAAAAAUACAUGUAACAAGCAAUGUUAUACUGGAUUUGAUAGGUAUUUUCUAAUGUUAUAGUUCAUUUUUAAAAAAGUGGAAAGACGUUUAGUUCUUCUUAAUAUUUGUUUCUCUCAAUAGCAAAAGCUACCUUAGGAUUGUUGCCUCAGAGCCAAAGUGUCACAAUCCAUGUCACAGAAAAGUAGAACAUUUUCAGAAGUUUUUGUUCAACUAAAGUCGAGCAUUUGAAACAUGAAUGUUCAGCUCCGUACGUGUUACUGUAAUGAUAUUUUGUCAUUGACUUAACAUUAGUCUUCUGCAAAGGUGUGUACAACUUGCCGUUAAGAGAGAAUUGUAUACAUUAGCAUUUAGUAAAAGAUGAGUGUUCUAUUUGUUGUCAAACUGAAUUGGGCUGUUUCCCUGAAAAUUUCUUUUGUGCCUGAUUUGAGUUUGACAGGACUCGCCGUGUGGUAUGUAAGAUUUUAAUUAAGUACACAGUAUUGUGUAAUUUCAGGGAAAAGAAGACUUGAUUGUAGCAUUAAAUGCGGCACAAUCAAAUGAAAAUAUGAAAACUGUACAUGUUUUUUUUUUAACUUGAUACGCUGUAUAAAAGAAGUUUAAGUGUUUUAAAAUUUUAAAUAAAUAUACACUCUCCAAGCACUACAUGAGGAA